AUGCAUUCCUUAUUGCUUAUUAUUAUUAUUCCAUUAUUAAGUCAAUAUCAAGUAUUUUCUUCACCUGUUCUUCUUUGGAGCAAUAAAGAUCUUCCUCAAUCGGCUGUACCUCUUUCAAGAUAUUCUUCAAUUGAUUUUAUUUCAAAUUCUAUUUGUAAAAUUGACAGUAAACAAAUUCAAGUUCAUUUAAUUGUUGUUGAUCAAUUAACUAAUCAAGAUAUUCAACGAGGUUUACAACGCAAACAUCCAGUUUUACUUGAUGCCAAAAAUGAAAAAAGUCAAUUUCGUUAUUUUCCUAAUGUAGCUGAUGAUGUCUAUGAUACAUUAUCAAAACUUCCUCGUUCAAAUAAUAUGCAUUGUUCACACAUUCAUUUUCAAAUUGCAUCAUUAAAAAUAUAUGAAACAUUAAAAGAAGCAUUAGACGCAAUGCAAUCACCAGUUGAUAGUAUUGGAACAAAUUCAAAUAUGGUCAUCGUCAAGGCAUUAGUUGGUACUCCUGUUGUCGAUCAAAGUUUGAGUCGUCGACGUCGAGAUAUUGAUAUUACUGAAGACAAUGUUCUUGUAUCUGAAAAUAGAACAUGUAUGUUCUAUGCUAAUGAAUUAUUUUGGGAAGAGCCUAAUGAACGCGAUCCUUCAGCUGGAAAUUAUACACUCGAUUUAGAUAGAAGUUCAUGUACAACAGAUGAAAUAGUAACAUCAAAUGGAAAUAUGACUUCAGUCAUUCUUGAUUUAUAUUGGGAUAAUGGAAUGAAUGAUACUAUUCCAAUGACUUUAAUUGCAAAUAUAACUGAACGUUAUUGGUAUUUAGAUACAGUAACAAUGAAUGGUUCUGAAUAUCGUUAUUUUGCUUAUGGUAUGCAUAGUCAAAUGGAAACACCAUCAACUUAUUCAUAUGUAUGUAAAACUGCAGUAUUUGUUAAAUAUGAUUCUGCAGGACAUGGUUUAUAUGAUUUUAAAAAUAAAUUCUUCUUAACAAAUAUACAAUUUCAACCAUUUAAUGCAGAUGGUAUAAAAUUUGGUCUACCAAAUUAUUGUACAUCAUUUUUUACAAGUGGUAUAUGGAUGGGUUUAACAUCAACUUUACUUUGUUUAGGUAUAUUAUUAUUUGGUAUAUAUCGUAUGAUGAGUAUUAAAUCGAAUGAUCGAUUUGAUGAUCCAAAAGGAAAACCAUUAAUUAUCAAAGCACAAGAAUAA